CAAUCUUCCUCUUUUUUUAAAAAUAAAAUAAAAAGUCACGUAAACUUGACUUCACCCCUGGACUUUAGCUAGAAAUAGCUAGAAACUCCCCUGGUUAAGGGUGAAUACUAUGCAAAGCUAAAAUAAAACUGCAAUAUUUCCGAGAAUCCAACAAACACGAUAAUCAAUUAGCGCUGCGAUGCUGCUGGUCGUAGCGGUUGAUUUAAUUAAUCUUCAUUAUUAGUAAAGCGCGUAGUGUUCAGAGUAAUCCUCAUCUAAAUUGAAGUACGAUAUAACGUCAAAACACAUUUACUAAUGUGUACAUCACCGUGUUUCGUGUAUGUUAACUUCUAUCCAAGUAUAGUGUAGUUACUUUACUGAAAAUGAUUAAUCUCUCUGUCUACCAUCAAUUUCCAAACUGCUUAAAUUAACGAGCUGUGGUCCGAAAACUACAGUAAUGCUGUGCCUACAGUCACGACAAAUACAAAUAUUGUAAUCCAACAUGAGUUAUGGGAUCAAACCGAUAGUAUUUCUUAUUACGCAUGCUGCAAUAUAAACUGUUGCUUUUUAGUGUAUCCCGUCAAUAUUCAUAAAUCCCUCUAAAAAAAGACCUCCCAUGAGAGGAGAGGGAAGGUCGUCUCCCUGCAUGCAUAUUUCGGAAAAAAACGACGAGUUUAUCACAAGGAACUUGGCAUUCAAUCAGAUACGCAUCCGGCACCAUUAACAGCAAAUCAGCCCUUUAAAUACGUCCGUCUCCUCUCAAAGGGCGCAAAGUCCUCGCAGAAAUUUCGGAAUCACAUCAGGACAUUUCUUAAAUUAAUAUAAUUACGGAUUAAUGUAACGGGAAAUGCAGUUGUCGUUUGAGGGAAUUUAAUUGAAUAGCCCAAUUCGAAUUUGACACUACCAAAAAGGUUUUAUUUAUUUGCAUUUUCGAAUGAGCGGUUCGAAGUGAGAAGGAUGUCUUCGAUGUUUGGGAAAACUAGGACCUCCGCUAUGCCGGACCGAGCUGAGUGCAAUGUUGCUGUGUUAGGAAUACGGGGUUCGGGCAAAUCAGCUCUGACCGUGAAGUUUCUAACGAGGCGAUUCAUCAGUGAAUAUGACCCUAACAUGGAGGAUAUAUAUAGUUCGGAAGAGAUUGUGGACCAACAGCCAGUUCUUGUAAAGGUUAUGGACACUGCUGACCAGGACGGACCGGUGAACUGUGAGCGAUACCUGACCUGGGCCGGCGCCUUCCUGGUGGUCUACAGCAUCGAUGACCGCCGCACCUUUGAGGGCUGCCAGCGGUACCUAGACGUUGUGGCGGCGCACGCCAAGUCGCUGCAGGUGGAUCUGCCCGUCCUCCUGCUUGGGAACAAGCUGGACAUGGAGCGAUACCGGCAGGUCAGCGAGUCCGACGGCUGCGCCCUGGCCUCCCACUACAGCUGCCUGUUCUUCGAAGUAUCCGCCUGCCAGGACUUCAUUUCGGUGCAGCGAGUGUUUCACGAGGCCGUGCGAGAGGCGCGGCGGGACGCUGAAAGGGGUCGGCCCACAAGCCCCCUCUUUAUCAGCGAGGACAGGCCCUCCGCCAGCCUGGCCACCACCCUGCCGCUGGGACCCGGCCUCGGAGAGCUGCCGACACCCGCCGGUGCCAGGGUCGUCCCUGUCAAGUCGUCACGGGCACAGAGCAAACGCCGGGCACCCACCCUUACUCUGCUGAAAGGCUUCAGGAUCUUCUGAGCUGGGGAGGGGGGUAAAGCUGAUGAGAACCAUGGAUGACAUUUACCUUUGAGGAACAGGACAUACGCGCCAAAGAAUCAGCGAAUAAAAAACUGAGAUUUAAAAAAAAAAGACUACUGGAAUGAACAGAGACACACCACCCAAAGUGUUUCACUGUAGUUUGCUCCAGCUUUGCGGACUGAUGCGCAGUUAGCGACGCCCCAAAAGACCAGCUCUUGAGUACCCUCUAGUGGUCCAGGACAAUAAGUACAGGAAGAGCAAAGAUCGUACUGUUUGAAACCCUGUUACAGUUUAAUCCAUUUAAAAGCCUGUGGUUCCAGUUCAGCCAGUGGUCAGUGCUACAUAUACAGCGCUCACCCUGGUGGAUG